CCGCAACUUGUCAAGACGUACUUCCUGUUUACAUUAGUUACUGAUCAAGAUAUGUAAGUCAACCGAUCCGCAUCAUGUCCGUCCAGCAAACAAGACCCUAUCCUGGGUACAAUUUUGGCAGUGAGGCAGAAACUCCCAGGCCUGCAGCAAGAGUGAAGCCAGAGGCAGAAGAGUAUGCAAACAGAGCCAAAGGUUCCAUAAAUCUCUUCACUGAAACUCCGAGAUACAUUGACGAACCAAAGCCUGAGCCACGUUGCCCGACAGGAUCAGCUCGACAAAACUAUGAACAUGGACGUCAUGGAACAGUGAAUACAUUGUUGUAUGGUCAGGCUACACCACGGCCUGAUGUUGAUGCAGUGCCUAGAGUGAAAAGUGAGGCUCAACCUAUAGCUGAAAGUCACCAGGGUAAAUACACCGCUGCGCUGUUCAAUUCCUACGGACAUCUGCCGACUGAUGACCCAGGGGUGCCGAGAGUGAAGCCGGAAGCACAGUCCACUGCAGAGCAACACAAGGGCGGUCGCAUGAACUGUUUAAUGCAUGAUCCUAUAAAGCUUCCUUUGUCUGCUAGACCAGUGCCAAGGGUGAAAUCCGAAGCUGCAGAGACAGCUGACCUUGGAAAAGGCGGACAAAUGAACAAAACUAUACACAGUUAUGGAUCAGUCUCGUCAAGACCCACUUACGUUCCUAGAGUAAAGCCAGAAGCCUCAGAAAAUGCAGAGAAAGGAAAAGGCUACAUGGGUACAUUGAUGGGAAAGUAUGGAAAGUUGCCAACAGAUGAACAACCUGUACCAAAGGUGCGUGGAGAGGGCGGUGAUAACGCUAACUUGGACAAAGGUGGUAGGAUGUCCAAACUGAUGUACGAGGGUAGAAAUUUACCCCAGGACUCCAAGCCUCCUCCUCGAGCCACCACCAAGGCAGCCAAAAAUAUCCUUCGGGCUAGCCGAGGGCAGAUGGCCCAGAUAUUUGCUGAUCAGGGUAAACGAUCGACUGUCCAUAGAGCUGGAACUAGGUCUGCAUCAGCACUUAAAGUAUAUUAGUUAGUGUAAUGAUUUACCAAGAUUACAUGUAUAAUAAUACACAGUAAGUUUAGCUGGAUUGCGUAUUUUGGUGAGAAAAGGUUCAGUUUUGGGGACAAAACGUACAGUGUCUGUUGAAUGCUGUAUAAUUACGUUUGUAAACUGUUUAGUUGCAGUUAUGGAUUUUGAAAUUAAUGAACAGCAAUACUGUUAUUUUUAUAGCCCAAUCGGACUAUGACUAUGGCAAAAAUGUAUUAUUAUAUGGCAAUGUGUAUGGAAUUGGGCUUGGGCUACAUGGACUAUGACUAUGGCAAAAAUGUAUUAUUAUAUGGCAAUGUGUAUGGAAUUGGGCUUGGGCUACAUACUUUUUUGCCCAGUCUGCAUACAUUAUAACCAUAUUUGAUAGGUGCAAGACUGUGGCCUUAGACUGCCUUAAAUUGUUCUGAUUGUGAGAUAUUUUACUUAUAUGUAUUUUUUUUAUAUAAUCGUUUUCAUGCAUGUUUAAAAAAAAAUAUAUAUGUUAUAUUAUAUCUUUAUAUUAUCAUCUCUAUAUGUUUUAUUUUUUAUUAUUAUUUAAAGCUGUGAUAAGUUGUUAACGUGUGUGUGUGUGAUAUGUCUGUAUAAGAAAGAUAAUGUGUUUCUUAUAUGUCUGAUAAUUUGCAAUGUACUAUAUUGUGACUCAAUCAAUUAGAUUAGUGCAAUAAUGGAAAUAUAUGUAGGCCUUAUUUUAUUUGUAUACCCCCGGAUCGAAAGAUCGGGGAUAUAUUGUUUUUGGCCUGUCUGUGUGUCUGUCAUUCAUUAAUUAUGUGUGUCCCAAAACUUUAACCUUCAUUAAAGUUUGGUCAUAACUUUUUGAAUAUUGAAGAUAGCAACUUGAUAUUUGGCAUGCAUGAUUAUCUCAUAAAGCUGCACAUUUUGAGAGGUGAAAGGUCAAGGUCCUUUAAGGUCAAAAGUAAAAAAAUACAAUCCAUGGGAAGUAAUAAGCUUUAAAAUGGAGAUAAUUUGUAAACCUGUCAAAUGAUAUAUUGAAAUGUUAUUUCAAAGCGGUGCAAUAGAGGGCAUUGUGUUUCUGACAAACACAUCUCUUGUAUUAUAAAGCUUCUUGUGUGUUUUA